AUGGCUACAGAUCUCCUGCUCAACGACCUGGACACCAAGUUCUGUGCAGAUAACCUGCUGACCAGCGAGGAUUGGGACACUGGCCUGUACAAUUAUGGAGAUGUCCCGGAUGACUAUGGGGAGCUGUUUCCGUCGGGGUUUAAUGCCUACCCUCUGCACUUGUAUGACAGCCAGAUGGAUGUUGAGUCAUGUUCCGUAUCCUCCUCUCUGGACGAGAUCCAUGGCGUGAACUUGUCAGACCUCUUAGUAAAGGCAGAACCAGCUUCUCCCUUUUCUUCGUCAUCGUGUGACUCCUCAUCCUCCUGCGAUGGUCUAUACACAUCAUCCUUAGAAAGUGUCGGGACCUCUGUAAAAGUAGAGCUACCACCAUCACCCCCAUGUCCAACCCUGGAUCCACCUACCACCCCCUGCGGCACAUUACAAAUAACUCUUCUCCCUGUGUCACCGACUACAGCUACGGCUGGAUGUCUCCCUAAAUCCAACAGUUUCCUGUCUAAGAAACCGACAUUACAACCCAGGCCUGCUCCAGGAACCAAACCAGCUCCUUCCCCAAGCUCUGCACCUCACGCCAUCAUCCUGCACCCGGUGACCAGCUCCCCUCCAGCAAAACACUCACCACCUCUCACAGCAUCCUCCCCACCUGUGUUGGUGCCUCAGCUCCUGACCGUACACAAUGGAGCGACUACAACAUCACCCAUUAAAUCUGAAGCCAAAACCAUUGUGCCUGCCCCGAGCACUGGCAAAAGCAGCCCCACUGAGGUGGACCCUAAACUCCUAAAGAGACAACAGCGUAUGAUCAAGAACAGAGAGUCAGCGUGCCAGUCUCGGAGGAAGAAGAAGGAGUAUGUGCAGGGGUUGGAGGCCAGACUGCAAGAGACUGAGAGACAGCUGGAGAAUGCUCGAAGGGAGAACAGAGAACUGCGGGAGACAGUGCAGCAUCUAAUGAGAGAGAACACCUCGCUGCGCAGCUCCUCCGGGAACCGGAAAGUAGUAUGUGUGAUGGUUGUACUUCUGUUCCUUGCAUUUAACUUUGGGCCAACAAGUCUCAUACUCAGUGUACAGGAGUCGCCUGUGAAAAGUCCAGAAAUCUCCAGCAAUGUUCGGCAUUUAUUGUCUUACAAAAAUGAAGAUGAACCAUCAGAGCGGCCACAGCCGAAACUCUACAUCCCAAGGCCGACUAAACCGAAGAGCACUUACAGUAACACUAGCAGGUCUCUGGCAAAUGUGGAACACCUGAUGGUUCAUGACUUGGAUCAGCUUUUCCUGGCAUCCGACUGCAGGCACUUUAAUCGCACAGAGUCCCUCCGACUAGCUGAUGAGCUCAGUUUGUGGAUUCGUCGACAUCAGAAUGAAAGGAAGUCAGGAAAACAUCCUCCCAAAAAAGCAGAGGAAAAAGAGGAAUCCUCAAGUACGAAGCAACGUGGGUUUAUCCGACCUGAUUCCAGCUCAGAUGUCCAGAAUCCAGUCGCACAGGAUAGCGAACACUCCUCUGCAGCUGUAUGGUCCUCAGGAGCACAGUGAUCAUUUUCUGAUGGAUGCUAUUGAGAGACGGGAAGACACCUUCUAUGUGGUCUCAUUCCGGAGGGAUCACCUUCUUUUGCCGGCUAUAAGUCACAAUAAGACAUCCCGGCCGAAAAUGUCUCUGGUGAUGCCAGCCUUGCCUGUGAACGACAGUGUGUACAACAACUCCCAAGGCUACGAGACCAUGAUGCAGAUAGACUGUGAGGUUAUGGACACCAGGGUCAUCCAGAUAAAGUCUUCUACAGUCCCCCCUUCUCUGCGCACACACCUCACAGUCCUCCUCCACAGCAGGGGGCUUCACGCGGGAACCUCUCGCUUUAUUUACAGGACCAAACGGCAGCGGAAGAUGGGCAGAACUGA